UCGACGUCGCCGACGUGCACGGGGCGCCACAUAACCUCCCCGAGCGCCGACCACGCCGACCCAGGGACGUCGUCGGGCACCUCGACGCAGAGUUCGCCACCGGCACACCCCGCGCCUCGAAGCCACUCGAAGCAAGGCCGGGCGAUGCGGAGGGAGAAGAGGAUUUCGGACUGAAGUGGCGUCCGAACAACAACAACACCCACGUCGCCCGUCGUCUGCUUGCCGUCUGCUUCGACAAUGUUGACGAUUGUCGCGGUUCUACUCACCUUCUCCGGCGGCGAGGCGGUGCGCGUGCUCGGCGCUGGGGCGGCGGGGGCCUCGGGGGCCUCGGGGGCCUCCGGGGCGGCGCCCUACGUCACGGCGGGCCAGGCGGCCGUCCUGGAGUGCCGCUUCGUCCUGGAGACCCGCGAGGUCCUGCAGGGCGUCACCUGGACCAAGGACUCGCACCUCGUGUACCGGUGGCUUCCGAGCGGCAGGACACUGGCGUUCGGUCCCCUGGAGGGCCUGACCGAGGUCUCGGAGCCGGGCUGGAACGUGCGCCUGUCCCGCGCCACGACGGCCAUGGCGGGCAACUACUCUUGCAGCGUCCACACGGACCGCGGCAGCGCGGCGUCGCGGCGCUUCCGCUUCAACGUGCUGCUGGUGUGCAAGGCCAGGAUCGAGACCGAGGACUCGACGGCCGUCAACUGCACGGUGGGCUGGCGGGUGAGCUGCGCCAGGGUGUUCCCGGACCUCAACCUGACCGCCGGCGUCUUCGACCCGACCGAGAACAAGUUCAUCGACCGCGUCACGGAGUGGACCAAGGUGGUGUACUCCGACAACACGUUCGGCUUCCACGCCUUCAAGAGCUACCACGUCGCCGAAAUCCCCAAGUCCUCCGUCUUCCUCUGGAGCCUGAGCUACCAGGACCAAACCCCGCUCGUGACAGGGAACGUCUCGUCCGGAGCAGUGCACCGCGCGUGGUCUGGCUGCAGCGAGCCCCCUGCCCUCCCCGCCCCGCGCGACGCCAGCUUGCAGCUACAGCUCCUGUACGACGGCGUGGGGGUCGCGGGGGCGGGGGACGGCGGCGCGCAGACGGACUGCAGGGGGCGGCCGCGGGGCGCGACCCGGGCCGUGUACUCCUGCGCCAACGAGAUCCCCGACGGGGACGCCGGCGGCGCGGCCAGCAGCCAGGCAGGCGGCCAGGCAGGCGGCAGCACCAAGGAGCUAGUGUGUGCCAAUGGCGAGUGGGUGGAGGAAGACCCCUCCGCGCCCUGGCCAGUCUGCUAACCCACCGCAAACCCAAACCCGCCAGUCCGCCACCGCGCAGGCGAGUCGGCGUCGGCACCACACUCUGUAGGACUAAUAAACCUACGCACAAAAGUUCUGUA